UUUUUACCCAACCCGCUAUAAGAACCCUCACUCAGCCAUCGUCAAUGGCGGAUUUCACACACAUCAGACGCCGAUUUUUCUGAGGAUGAACGAGCUGGUGCAGAAGAACACGCUGUACGUCGGCGGCCUCGCGGAGGAGGUGAACGAGAGCAUUCUCCACGCCGCCUUCAUCCCCUUCGGAGAUAUCAAGGACGUCAAAACCCCACUCGACCAGGCCACGCAGAAGCACCGCUCCUUCGGCUUCGUCACCUUCCUCGAGCGGGAGGACGCCGCCGCCGCCAUGGACAACAUGGACGGCGCCGAGCUCUACGGCCGCGUCCUCACAGUCAAUUACGCCCUGCCGGAGAAAAUCAAGGGCGGUGAACAGGGCUGGGCGGCCAAACCUAUUUGGGAGGAUGCUGACACGUGGUUCGAGAGGCAAGAGCAAGAGCGUGAAAGGCAGAGGCUUCAGGAGGAGCAACGAGCUGCCAUGAAAGUUGCAGAGGAGCUCCACCGCAAGAAAGUUGCAGAGGAGAGAGAAGGAGAGAAGGAAGAUGAAGUUGCAGAUGAUCCUAUGAAAAUGGCCGAAGCCGAGGUUUUGAACCAAAAUGCAUAAGAUGGUUCGUGUAAACAAAAGCCGGUACUUUGUUAUGUGGUGUGAGAUCAAUUCCUUUGCAGCCUNAUUU